AUGAGAAUUUUUCAGCUGCUCGUGUACAAACUGCUUGCCCGUGCGAUCGAUACCGUGAACAGAUACUUUAACGUGCGACGACUACACUACCUUCGGGAGGUGCUAGACAUAAACAUUGGCAUAUUUGUGCACGAAAUCAACAACCGCAGUGCGAUGAUGGCAAAGCGUAAAGCCAUUUACGCGUUCCGUCCGUUCGAGGUAUGCGACGUCGAUUAUCAGAGCUCGAUAUCCGCAAACAGUAACUGGGUCGGUUCUGGCAAACGCUAUCCGAAAGCAAGGAGCGGUCAUCGAAUUGUUUGCAACGACGCAUCGUUAUAUUGCUACGGUGGAUUCAACCCUAACAACACGGGACGUGAUGGUAACAAUGAUCAGCGGGAGGAAUUAUUUCUGUUUCACGAGCUGUGGAAGUAUGACAUGAUACGCAAGGUGUGGACAUUGCUGUUGGAUGUAAACAACGAUUUGCCCGUAGAGCUGGCCUCAAAUGCAAUGCUGUUAUGUGGCGAAACGAUCAUGAUUUUUGGUGGCACAGGAUAUCCAUUUGGAGUAACGUGCUCGAAUGCGUUACGCGUGUGCCUACCGCGCCGUAAACCGAAGGAUCUGACUGAAGUAGAGGUGAAAGGAGAUCCACCGCCACCACAGUACGGGCAGGCAAUUGUAGUAAAUGACAAUUACCUCUACACCAUCGGCGGAACCAAUGGAUUCGAUUACACUUUGGAUGUACACCGGUUACAUUUACCCAGCAGAACGUGGGAAUGUGCUUACGAGUGCAAUCAAAACAUUCGCGAAGAUCCUUCGGGAAGAUAUCGGCACGAGCUGGCGUGUGACGAUUCUAAAAUUUACGUGUUUGGUGGUGGUACGAGUGAUGGCGUUUUUAUUCUAUCGAAUAUUCCCAUGUACGACAUUAAAGCGAACAAAUGGCAAUAUUUGAUAACGAAACCCGACACGCUUGUCAGCCCGCCGGGCAUUCCAGCCGCCCGCAAGUGUCACUCGUGCGUACAGAUUCGCACAGAUCAAGGUGUCGAAGUGGUUGUCGCUGGAGGGUACGAUGGUGUGCACUACUAUAACGACAUCUGGAAGCUAAACCUCACCACGUUGCAGUGGAAGAAGAUGCAGAAAUCGAAACUACCGUAUUCACUGUUCUUUCACGAUGCGGCCGUAACGAGCGACGGUUGUAUGCACGUUUUCGGUGGUAUAAAGUUUAGCAAUAACAUGACUGUUCGCACGAACUCGCUCUACAGGAUGUGGACUACCAUACCGCGGUUAAGUGUGAUCGCCUGGGAAGCGCUGCUGCAUUACAUUCCAACCUUGCCCAGCCGGACGCCGGAAGAGCUUUUGGAAGCUGGAAUUCCGCGCCAGUUUGUUGAGCGGGUACACGAAUGA